UUUGAGCUAGCCAAUUGGCCCAUUAAGGCCCAAUUACGUUUUUUGAACGACAUUUUCUGAUUUAGGGUUUAAGGGUUUGACAGGAACAAGAAGAAAAAGCUUAGCAGUGUGCUAUGGCUUCCACAAUGCUGUGUAAAUCAGCUGUGAGAGUGGCAUCAAGGACGCUCGCGAAUCGUUCCAGAAGCUUCGCUCAGAGAUCUUCAACUCCGUUUAUGGUUUCUUCGCCUUCUUCAACUCAUAUUCCUCGUGCUUCAAGGGUUUUGUCUGCUAUUGGAAGCUUAGAGUCUUUGAUGCCACUUCACAGUGCUAUUGCAAAUGCAAGACUCACUUCCAAUAUUGCUGUUGAUUCCAGCUGCUGGAGCUUGCUUUCUAGAGGACUUGAAAAAACAUUGUGACAGACCCUGCUGGAUCCAUUCAAGAUGAAAGCUAAAAAGUGAGGGUAAAAAAAAGGAGAGAAUUUGUAGGUUUUCUUUUCUAAAUAUUGAAAGUUGAAAGUUUGGCCAUUGUAUUAUGCUGCAAGUGCAGACUCUGUACAAUUGAAUUUUCUUGUUUCCCUGAUAAUUAAUACAUGACCAAUGUGCUUAUAGUGUCAUUUUGCCCUUCAAAUUCUUUUCUUGAAUGGAUUUGGAAGGACUACCAAUAAGAGAUGUAAGUUUUUCCAUAUAUGCUCAAAUGAUCUCAUAACAUUUAUGUUGUUUGUAUUUUGUUCUCAUUGAAACCUUCCUUCAAUGUUUUAUGUGUCUGUUUUUGUGUUAAUGAUUUGAAGGGGAUGCAUUACUUAGG